UAAAGAAAACAGAAAACCCACAGGUGUGAACUACACCACAUUUACUUGCUUGUGUUUCUCAAAGGAUUUUUUCCUAGUCCUCUUCUGGGCGUGAAGAUGAUUUGGAGAGACCUCAUCCAGAGAAUGAUUUUCGUUUCACUUAUUGGACUCGGAGGUUUAGGAAACAUCAUCUUAUUUGUGAGACAUCUAUAUCCUUUCAUCAUGGGUCCUGAGCACAAAAAUAUAGAUGUCGUUCUCACCCACUUGGCUUUUGUAAACACGAUAAUUAUUUAUUGCAUAGGGGUCAGAACCAUAACCACAAUUUUUUAUUUCAGAAACUUCCUAGGUGAUGUUGGCUGUAAAAUUACAAUUUAUCUAGAAAGGAUUGCCCGUGGCCUCUCCAUCUGUACCACCUCUCUCCUCAGUGUGGUCCAGGCUGUCACCAUCAGUCCUAGGAACAGCCUUUGGAGAAAGCUCAAACCACAGACUGCAUGGCAUGUUCUAGCCUUUCUCCUGAUCUUUUGGAUCUUUAAUUCCCUGAUAAGCUCCAACUUGCUCCACUACAUCACAGCAGGCAGUAGCAUGAACAGGUCUGUAGUUGGGAUGUAUACUGGAUAUUGCUAUAUGCUGCCAUCCAGGCACACAGUUAAGUGGCUUUUCCUCUCCCUCAUGGCUCUUCGCGAUGUCACUUUUCAGGGUCUCAUGGGCUGGAGCAGUGGGUCUAUGGCUCUCCAUUUGUAUAAACAUCACACACGUGUGCUCUACCUUCACAGAUCCAGGUCUGAAUGUAAUUCCAGGCCAGAAAUCAGAGCUACACAAAGAGUUCUCACACUCCUGACCUGUUUCCUUUUCUUUUACUUGGCAGAUUUUAUUUUCUCCUGCUACACGGGUUCCACAGUGACACAUGAUUCCACAGUCCUAAAUAUUAAAGCAUUUUUAGUUCUUAGUUAUGCUGGUCUCAGUCCCUUUGUCCUAAUCAUCAGAGAUGUCCAGAUUGCUAAGCCCUGCUGUGUCUGCUGA